GAUAAUGGUGAUGACCGGUCUGAGAGUAUCCUUGCUGAAAACCACGUGGAUGGCACCCCAGGGAUCCUGAGCGGAGCCGGCGGGAGGAAGCCCAUGAAGACGGGCAUGAAGGAGCUGGCGGUUAUGAGGGAGAAGGUGAACGAGCAGCAGCGGCAGAUGGGCAAAGUCGGCAAGCCCCAUCACAACCAUGAGGACUCGAAGAAGUCGCGGCUGUCGUCGGGCAGGACCCCUUGUCAGCAGGAGCUGGAUCAGGUCCUGGAACGCAUCUCCACUAUGCGGUUGCCAGAUGAGCGAGGUCCCCUGGAGCAUCUCUACUCCCUCCACAUCCCCAACUGUGACAAGCAUGGCUUGUACAAUCUCAAACAGUGCAAGAUGUCGGUGAAUGGGCAGCGUGGCGAGUGCUGGUGCGUGGACCCCAUCCACGGGAAGGUGAUCCAGGGCGCACCCACCAUCCGUGGGGACCCGGAGUGCCACCUCUUCUACACAGCCCACGAGCAGGAGGACCGAGGAGCACACGCCCUGCGGAGCCAGUAGACAGAUGUGAUCCUGCUUGCUGGAGGCGGCUCGCCGUGACCCCAGUGCUGGAUUUUACAUGGAUUUCAGCGUGUCUCUUUAGGCUCUGGAGGAGACUGGGGUUGGGUCCUGUGUGCUACCCUCCUUCCCCUGCUGCCUGGCUCCUAGGGAGGGGAGGGGCGGUGGAGGGGGGGGUUGCAAGGAGAAGGGACUGCUUUCCUAUAGUCUUUCACCCAACGUAAGCCGGAGAACCGGUCUUUUUUGCUCCUCACCCCGCGACCCUGUCCUCCCUGCUGCUUUGCGG